AUGCUCAUCCACCCAGACAUGAUGAAGACCUCAAGCCUUGCCGCCACCUCCUCUGUGGCCCCAAUUCCCACGAUCAUCCCAACACCCGCCAUCUACCAGGAGGCCGGUGACAUGGGAAAGCGAACUCUGUGGGUCGUCGUUGUGCUCAUGGCUAUCUCCUCGCUCGCCUUCUAUGGCAUGGCUUUCCGCGUUCCAGUGCAAAAACGACUCUUCCACAUCAUCACCGGGUUGAUCACCACCUUCGCAUUCCUGUCCUACUUCGCCAUGGCCACUGGAGAUGGCGUCGGCCACAUCACCUACACCGUAACCGAGUCCCACAAGAGGGUUCCGGACACACACCAGGACUAUAUCCGCGAAAUCUACUGGGCAAGAUAUGUUGACUGGUCGCUUACCACCCCAUUGCUCCUACUCGACCUCGCUCUCCUGUCCGGUCUUAACGGUGCCAACAUCUUGGUCGCCAUCAUCGCCGACCUGAUCAUGGUUUUGACCGGUCUUUUUGCCUCAUUCGGUACCACAAGCGGCCAGACUUGGGGUUAUUUCACCUGGGGCUGCAUCGCCUACCUCGUCAUCAUCUACCAGCUUGCUUACAACGGCCGCACCGCUGUUGAGGGCAAGGACAGCAAGACCAAGACCUUCUAUGCAUCCAUUGCCGGCUUCACCUUGAUCUUGUGGACCAUCUAUCCAAUUAUCUUCGGUCUCUCUGAGGGUGGCCAUGUCAUCAACGUCGACCAAGAGAUUGUCGCUUAUGCUGUCUUGGACAUUCUUGCCAAACCAGUUUUCGGUUUCUGGCUUCUGUUCACCCAUGACAGCAUGUCGAGCACUUCUCCAUCGCUUGAGGGAUUCUGGUCUCAGGGCUUCGGCAGCCAAGGAACUCUCCGAGUUGGUGACGAUGAUGAAGCGUAA